AUGCUGAGACACAUGUCUAGAAAGGUUAUUGCAGGUCAUUUCUUGCUGCAUACCGUUAUUUGCUUGGUUUUGGGGUAUGAUAUAAGGCACAUACCGAACACAUUUCUUUAUAAUGGCCAAAUUACCGAUUUCGGAGAUUACGAUGGUAAUGGUCAACUCGAUGCUAUAACGUAUCAUCAAAAGGGAAAUGAUGCAACCAUAUCCGUAUUUCAGGUACCCAACGUACCAGGUAAACCUGCAAUUCUGGCUACAGCUGAUAUACAAGGGAAUGUAGCUGGUGUGGUGGGAGUUGAUAUAAACCUGGAUAGUGCAUUGGACAUUCUAGUUAUUGUUGAGGAAUCGAAACACAAAUACCGUUUGCUAACAUUUUACCAGGAAAAGAAAUCGGGUAUAUUAGUUCAAGGAUGGGACUCAACCAAGGAGGCAAAUGGCGGUAGUCACAAGGAGGGGCAUCCCAAUGAUCGAGAUGCCCAACUGGGACACCUAAUGAAGCGCGGUGAUUAUGAAUAUAGCUCCAUAUACCCAUUAGUGUUGGACAUCAAUGGAGAUGGAUUGGUAGAUUUGUUGUGUCAAACCGAAGACAGGCGACUUUUUGUUUGGACUAAUUAUGGGGAUAAGUUUUUGCCUUAUCUGCUUGAAAAUGUUCCAUCUUGUUAUUUUGAGGGUCCACGUGAAGGAUAUGUCCCGUCUCCCCACUCAUCUGCUUUUGUCGACAUCGAUGGUGAUUGCAGAGCCGAUUUAAUUCUUUUGGUUCAACAUGAAAACAAAAGAUAUCUGCAGAUUUGGCAAGCUGAAGCCGACAAUAAUCGUAUGAAGUAUGUGAGAAACCCUAAAAAAGAUAUUUUAUUACCCAUUAACCAUGGUCAAGUGUCUUUCGCCGACUUCAACGGUGAUGGCACAAUAGACGUGGUCGUCCCUUACUGUAACCAAAUGAACGCAGAGAGGUCAUGCAUUCGCGGAAGCCGAAUAUUCAUAGCAUUCAACCAUCAGAAGCCUUUUUGUUCAUACAUCUGGAACAACCCAAACAGUGACAUGUGUAGAAAAGCUACAGAGCUAUGUACCAAAUCGGAUUUCGAGUUUAAUCCAGUGAAUGGUUUAUCACCAGUAGAUAUAUCCUUACCUGUCAAUGUGGGAUUUAAGGAUAGCGAAGGACAACUCAUGUCAGUGUCUCUUGGGGACCUUAACAACAACGGUUACCCGGAUCUCAUUGUUUUGGGUUGGGAUCUGACCGCAUUGCAACCGGUAGUCUGCGUAUACAGAAAUGUGGAAAAUAACGAUUCUCCUGAUUCUAAUGCAAGAAGUUUUGUACAGUCAUCUAUAAUUGAAGUCACUGAUACGGAUGUUCGAUAUGUUCGCGUAGCUGCUGUCGACCUUUUCGAGGACGGUAUUACCGAAAUCGGAAUUUUCACGUCAAAGAUGUCUAUAGGUAGCGACAGUAUUGCUAGAUUCUACACGGUGGUAAAUGAAACGAUAGGACUUUUCAUGAAAGCAAUGGUGAGGGGGGUGGCGGAAUCUGAGACCCCAUCUUCAGUCAACGUUUUGUCUACCGGGUCUAAUGUAAACGGUAUUUCAUGCUUAGCUACCAUAUAUUAUUUUACAGGGGCCGUAUUUAAGAUUACGGUGAUUGAUGUCUAUGGCGCCAAAUCACCUAGGUGCUCGACCAUUCGGCCGCAGUCUGCUCAUUCACCGUUGUUGCCGCCGUACUCCAUGUUUGGGUGA